AACACAGGCUGUUGCACCAUGGUUCUGUAUUCUUUUCUUCUUCUCCUUGGUAUCUCUUUGGCUGGUGGGAUGGAGAGUGGUAUUAUUGGAGGAAAAGAGGCUAAACGUAAUUCCAGGCCAUACAUGGCAUCUAUUCAAAAUAAUAAAUGUCACACAUGUGGAGGGAUGCUGAUCAGAGAGGAUUAUGUUCUGACAGCGGCCCACUGUCUGAAUCUCGAUGUUAACUCAGAUCUGGACAACAUUGAGGUUGUUCUGGGAGCUCACAGCAUCAACAAGGUGGAGAACAACCAGCAGAGGAUCCCAGUGAUGGAAUACAUCAAACAUCCUUUGUAUAAAAAGAGCAACGAGCAGGACUUAAGCUAUGAUAUCAUGUUACUAAAGCUGAAGAACAAAGCCAAGCUGAAUAAAUUUGUGAAAGUUAUACAUCUUCCUAAGAAAAAUAGAAAAACACCAGCUAAUGUUAAAUGCUCCAUUGCUGGUUGGGGGAUAAAAUCCCCAAAAGGAAACGAGGCAUCAGAUGUGAUGCAGGAAGUCAAGCUUAAACUGGAGGAGAACUCAAAAUGUAAAGGAAUGUGGCAGCAUUACUUCAACCCUGAGAUAAUGAUCUGCAGUGUUUCAGAUGGAAAACAUGCUUUUUGUAAGGGGGAUUCGGGAAGUCCUCUUAUCUGCAAAACUAUACCACAAGGACUUGCUUCAUAUACCUUUGAUGGUAACUGUACAAAUACAGUAUAUCCUCAAGUUUAUACAAAAAUCUCAUACUUCCUCCCUUGGAUUAAAAAGAUUAUUGGCUAAAUA